AUGGCGGAUACAGCGACCAUUGUCCCCGAUCCUGAAGUCGAGGGAGAAUACGCGUCUUCCGAAGAUUCUGAUUUUGCGCCAGAAGAUGCCGCAGCCCGCGAAUCCUCACCUGACGAUUCCGAUGAUGAGGGUGUGUCAUCAGAUACUGCAUCUGCGACUGUGCCGAAGCGCAAGCGCGACGCCAACAACGAAGAAGCACAAGACAUCGGCUUCGAAAACUCUGGAGACGAGGCCAUCAUAGAGAAAGCCAAGACGAAGCGGCAGAAGAAAGCCAGGAAAGCGGACCAGGAUGUAAAUGAGGGCGGCGAUGGCGGCUUGAUCAAGACUCGCAGCCAGCGAGCGCAAGAGAAAGCUGAGCGGAAGGCAACUGCUGUCUCUGGCCCGGUCACUGUCGACGUCGAUGCACUAUGGGCCCAGAUGAACAAUCCAACGGCUGCCGUUCAAGUGAGCAGCCAAGCAGAUGCUACAACCGAGGCUGGGGCCGCUGCAGGCGCCACGGUUCAUGCUGGCGAUGCGGACAAGACAACUACCACUGAAGGUACCACUCAGGCUCCACAAAUGAUCAAAAUAAAACGGACAUACAACUUCGCCGGGAAGGUUCACACAGAGGAAAAGCUCGUCUCGCGAGACUCAGCAGAGGCCAAGCUUUACCUCGAAUCUCUGGGAGAAGGUGCGGUACUGGAGGCAGCUGAAGAAAACGGCGAUCAGCCAAGAAGGAGGCCCAAAAAGGCAUUCCGAUCUGCCUUCGAACCAAUAUCGGACCAACUCGCGUCUCGCAGAGACCUGAACCUGGGGAUAGCGGCUAGGAUGGAGGCCAGGGAUCUUGCAAAGGAUGUCGGCGCCAAGAAGCUUACAACAGUCGAGAAGAGCAGGAUGGACUGGGCUGGCUACGUUGACAAGGAGGGCAUACAGGAUGAGCUCAAGCUCGCUGGCAAAUCAAAGCACUCCUAUGCCGAGCGCCAGGGCUUCUUGGCUCGUAGCGAGGCUAGAAGGGAGGACGAUGCAAGAAAAGCUCGUAUGGCUACGCGGGUCUAA